UGGUAUCCAAGUGAGGACGUGAUUUUUUUGGACAACUCGUAGCUUCAUCAAUGAGAACGCAGAAAAUUAAGCGAGCAGUAGAGCUUACUUCUCAUGUGUUUGUCUCAAUUACAGAUAUAUUAGCUUUUUAGUUCGUAGCUGCAAGGCUGAAAAGUUACAUCGCAGAAUUUACGAAGCAAUGGCCCAGAAAAGGACUCCCAAAACCCACUCCAAAAAAGAGGGAAAGUCAGCGCCAGUGGAUAGCAAGAAUGGAAAGAGGACGGAGAGAGGUUCAGGAGGAGAUGCAGCAGCAGCAGGAGGAGGAGGAGGUGGUGGAGGAGGAGAAGGGGCUAAGUACUCCAUGUUCACCUGGUUUGUAGUCCUCGCCCUGCUGGGAGUCUGGAGCUCCGUGGCCGUCGUCUACUUCGAUGUUGUGGACUACGACAGUGUCAUCGCCAGAGCGAAGGAGUUUCGCUUGAACUUUUCAGAAGUUUUACAAGGCAAACUGACGGCCUACGACACUGACGGAGACGGAGACUUUGACGUGGAGGAUGCUAAAGUUCUUCUCGAUGAAAAGAAGUUAAAAGUUCCUGCUCCCAGGAAAGAGGACAGGAAAGAGGGGAGGAAGAGGGGUAAAAGUAAAGAGAAGACUUUAGAAGACACUGAUCCAGAGAUUAAACUCCCAAAAGCUGAAGCAGAGAAGAAAGAUGCUAGAGAAAACACAACCAGAGCCCGGCCCAUCAGAGGAGCCAUGCUACGCUCUGCUCUGAAGGAAGAGCUAAGGAUGAUCCACGAGAAGAUCGAGGCCAAAAGGAUCGCCCGGAUGGCAAUGGCUGAGAUCAAGGCCUUCCUUGCUGAGGAAGAAGAGGAACACGAGAAGGCCUGGGCGCUGAAGACGAAGACGAUGGAGGAAGCACAGAAGCACCUAAUGGAGGAGAAGGAGAGGAUGGAAAAAGAGAAGCAAGAAAUGGAGAGAUUGGCCAAAGAAGAGAGGGAACGACUAAAGCAAGAGAGGGCAGAGAUGGAAAAGAUGGAGAAAGAGCGCCUAGCUAGGGAACGAGAGAGGAUGGAGAAGGAAAAAGCGGAGAGGGAACAACAGGAGAAAGAGAGACUGGAAAGAGAGAGGGCUGAAAAGGAGAGGAUGGAGAGGGAGCGAAUCGCAAAAGAGAGAGAAAGAAUAGCCCGAGAGAAGGAACAGUUAGAGAAGGAGAGACUUGAGAAGGAAAAGAUCACUAAAGAGAACGCGGAAAAAGAAAGACUGGAAAGGGAACGCAUCGCCACAGAACGAGCCGAGAAAGAGAGGCUCGAGAGGGAACGCCUCGUUAAAGAAAAAGAGAGGCUGGAGCGGGAACGCAUCGCCAGAGAAAAAGCAGAAAAAGAGAGACUAGAAAGGGAACGCAUCGCCAGAGAAAAAGCAGAAAAAGAGAGGCUGGAGAUGGAACGCAUCGCCAGAGAAAAAGAGAGGCUAGAAAGGGAACGCAUCGCAGAGGAAAGAGCUGAAAAAGAGAGACUAGAAAGGGAACGCAUCGCCAAAGAAAAUGCCCAAAAGGAGAGGCUAGAGAAGGAACGCAUCGCAGAGGAAAGAGCUGAAAAAGAGAGACUAGAAAGGGAACGCAUCGCCAAAGAAAAUGCCCAAAAGGAGAGGCUGGAGAAGGAACGCAUCACCAAAGAAAAUGCCCAAAAAGAGAGGCUAGAGAAGGAACGCAUCGCCAAAGAAAAUGCCCAAAAGGAGAGGCUGGAGAAGGAACGCAUCGCCAAAGAAAAUGCCCAAAAGGAGAGGCUGGAGAAGGAACGCAUCACCAAAGAAAAUGCCCAAAAGGAGAGGCUGGAGAAGGAACGCAUCGCCAAAGAAAAUGCCCAAAAGGAGAGGCUGGAGAAGGAACGCAUCGCUAAAUUAAGAGCUGAAAAGGAGAGGCUAGAGAAGGAACGCAUCGCCAAAGAAAAUGCCCAAAAGGAGAGGCUGGAGAGGGAACGCAUCGCUAAAUUAAGAGCUGAAAAGGAGAGGCUAGAGAAGGAACGCAUCGCCAAAGAAAAUGCCCAAAAGGAGAGGCUAGAGAAGGAACGCAUCGCUAAAUUAAGAGCUGAAAAGGAGAGGCUAGAGAAGGAACGCAUCGCCAAAGAAAAUGCCCAAAAGGAGAGGCUGGAGAAGGAACGCAUCGCUAAAUUAAGAGCUGAAAAGGAGAGGCUAGAGAAGGAACGCAUCGCCAAAGAAAAUGCCCAAAAGGAGAGGCUGGAGAAGGAACGCAUUGCCAAAGAAAAUGCCCAAAAGGAGAGGCUGGAGAAGGAACGCAUCGCCAAAGAAAGGCUGGAGAGGGAACGCAUCGCUAAAUUAAAAGCUGAAAAAGAUAGGUGUGAAAGGGAACGCAUUGCUAAGGAAAGAGCAGAAAAAGAUAGGCUAGAAAGGGAACGCAUUGCCAAAGAGCGAGCUGAAAAAGAGAGGAUAGAAAGGGAACGCAUCGCCAAAGAAAAUGCCCAAAAGGAGAGGCUGGAGAAGGAACGCAUUGCCAAAGAAAGAGCUGAAAAAGAAAGGCUGGAGAGGGAACGCAUCGCUAAAUUAAAAGCUGAAAAAGAUAGGGUAGAAAGGGAACGCAUUGCUAAGGAAAGAGCAGAAAAAGAUAGGCUAGAAAGGGAACGCAUUGCCAAAGAGCGAGCUGAAAAAGAGAGGAUAGAAAGGGAACGCAUUGCCAAAGAGCGAGCUGAAAAAGAGAGGAUAGAAAGGGAACGCAUUGCUAAGGAAAGAGCAGAAAAAGAGAGGAUAGAAAGGGAACGCAUUGCCAAAGAGCGAGCUGAAAAAGAGAGGAUAGAAAGGGAACGCAUCGCAAAAGAAAAUGCCCAAAAGGAGAGGCUGGAGAAGGAACGCAUCGCUAAAGAAAGAGCUGAAAAAGAAAGGCUGGAGAGGGAACGCAUUGCUAAAGAAAGAGCUGAAAAAGAGAGGGUAGAAAAAGAACGAGUAGCCAAAGAAAAGGAGAGAAUGGACAGGGAACGCAUCGCCAAGGAAAGGGCAAGAAUUGCUCAGGAGAAGGAGAGAAUUGAAAGGACAAGACUGGAGAAGGAAAGGACGGAGAAAGAGAGAAUUUCAAUGGAAAAGGCGCUGAUGGAAAGGCAGACGCUUGCUAGAGAGAAAGCCGCUCGGGACAAGAUGGAGGCGGAGAGACUGGAGAAGGAAAGGACGGAGAAAGAGAGAAUUUCAAUGGAAAAGGCGCUGAUGGAAAGGCAGACGCUUGCUAGAGAGAAAGCUGCUCGGGACAAGAUGGAGGCGGAGAGACUGGAGAAGGAAAGGACGGAGAAAGAGAGAAUUUCAAUGGAAAAGGCGCUGAUGGAAAGGCAGACACUUGCUAGAGAGAAAGCCGCUCGGGACAAGAUGGAGGCGGAGAGACUGGCAAAGGUAGAAGUGAGGAAACCAAACUCUUCCCAACCAAAAGCUCCAACAGCUGAGGAAAAAAGUGAGCGACCAGUAGUAAGAAAGGCGGUGGAGGGGAAAUUGGCCGUGAGUGCAAAGCAAAAAUGACCGCAAGAAUCAAGGUUUCUAUCUCGUAAAUUAUGCUAGAAGAUAGUAGGGAGCGGGGGAGAGGGGAGGAUCGUUCCCUUUUGAAAGAAAUAUAAACUGUACAUUUGUGUCAUCACUGAGCAGGUCAACUUUUAUAUCCUGUGCUUCUCUAGUGUAACUACCUAUGGGAAAACAACCUGCUGAUUGGUCUGAUUUCUACUUUAAUCUUUUCAGUAUUCAACAUCCUUUUGUAGAUUUGAUGAUUUUAAAUCUGGAAGAAAAUCUUGAAAAUCCUGAAAUGUGAUUUCUACCCAGUUUCUAGUCCGUUGCAUGUUUGGUUGAUUUGGUUUUAUUUGGGUGAGGAUAUCAGCUAAAGAAAGCAAACCCUUUUGUCUUAUCUCAUGAUGCAAGCGUGAAUAUGUUUUUUUUGCAAAUAGUUCUGCAGCUUUGAUCAAAUGUGAAUGUAAUAUUUAUUGAGUUUCAACGUUUUUUUUAAUUAAUUUGUAAAAAGAAUACAGUCAGGAUCAACAUUAGAUUGAUCCAAAACCAAAAAACAUUUAGCUAAAAUUCAAACGCUGAUGUCAUUACUAAGCAUUGAAUGUUUAAAGCAUAGAUUUUCUGUUUGGAUUCAUCAAUGUGACAUUAUCUCAAGGUUAAUAGUUUGGUGAAAGUGUCGUCUUGCAUAACACAGAAACUGUGUUAAAGGUCCCAUGUCAUGGCCAUUUCUACUGAUCAUAAUUCCAUUGUUGAGGUCUACU